UUAUUAUUGAUAUUUUAGAAAAAUGAAGUUGAACUGGCUCAGAUCUGUGAUACCAUUAUUAUUUUCAUGUAUAGCAUGCGAUUCUAAAUCUUUAUACAAUUUAUCCAUUCAACAACUUAAAGACUUAGUUAAAUCAAAAGACCUUCAAGUGAUAAAAAAUGUUCUAAAAUAUGAAGGAGCCUUUGCAGUGACAAAUCUUUCUGCAGAAUAUUCAGAGGCUUUAAAAGAUUUAAAAUUAAAUAGCCCUGAUUGCUUACAUUCACUCAGAUAUCCUGAAUUUGUCCUACCGGAUGGUUCUAUACGAACAACAUUUGCAAGUGAAACAGAAGAGUAUCCGCCAUGUUUAUCUAAAACCAGUUCUGUCAUCAGUGCCGAGAUGAACCGCGUGUAUUCUGAGGUAGCUCAGCUGUUGGAGCACGUGGCUGGGGAAAACAGUUUGCUCUGGAGGCCAAAUAAGGAUUCCCAACCUAAACAAUUCGCGGAUCUUCCGAAAAAGGAACAUAUUCAUGUAUACCAGAGUAGUGAAGAAGAAGAAAAAGGGGGUAAUUUUGCUGCUCCUUUUCAUACAGAUAGUGGUAUUCUUCUCCUUCUAACCCCCUUCCAGGAGCAUCCUUUGAAGAUUAGAACUCUGGGCGGUCAAACCAUCGAUACUUCAGAAGUUGGAGAUGAUUCAAUAAUGAUUUUGAUCGCAAGAGGAUUACCGGAUUGGUUGCUACGAGGAUCUAGAGAAAGUAAAGAGUUUAUGCCUGCCCCCCAUGCAGUGGAAACCCUACCCUCUAGUAUCAAGUAUAGGACCAUAUUCGCUAGAAUGAUGGUUGCACCUCUAGAAGCUGAACCAGCCGGUCCUCUCACUCAAAAAACUAAAUUUGGAGAUAUUUUCUUCCAGAAAGGGAGUCAUCAGGGUGACCUUUGUCCUUUGAAUAACGAGUCUGGAGUCGAGAUGAGGUCGGCCCCAGAGGUCGUUCGAGUUGAAAGAUCCCAGCAGGGUCACGCUCAUGUAUCGAAUGUUAAGUGGGAUAAACUAAAAUCGGAGGAAUGUUCUGGAAACUCUAGUUAUUGUUGGAUGGGCUGCUAUCCUCUACCUACAUGCGACCUUUCCAGGGUACUUACUUCAUAGUUUACAGUUAGUUAA